AUGGUGCACCGAAACAUGGAGAUUCGUCAUAUGGCGUUCCACCUGGAAACGCUGGCACAUAUCCUGGACACCAGCGAAGGUUGGCGUGAUUUUCUGUACUUGAUUCCAAGGAACCUGGCCGAUCUUUCCAAGGAGGAGUACGUACUCAAAUACACAGGUUUGAACGAGAGCAUUCUCGAGAAGGAAAGUCAAAAAGGCAACACAUCCCCGGCGAAGUUGCUUCUCGACGAAUGGGCCAUAUCCGGACAAGUGCGACCAACGGUCGAUCAUUUGCUUACGUUGUUGGUCCGCGCCAAACAGAUCCGUGCUGCAGAAUAUGUGACAACACUGCUGAAAGAAAAGCCUCCCGCCCGACCGAGCGAUGGUCCGGGUGCGCCGAUAGACGUAACAAUACCCGAAGAUUAUCAGACGGAAUCGUUGCUGAACGGAAUGAGCUACCCAAGCUCGACCAUCUUGCUCAACGCAGAAUCGAUGACUAUCGACAACAACCGGGACUAUUACGAUAAAAUGUGCCCAAUGAAACGGUUUGAAAUCAAGGAAAAGACUUCAUCCAUUGCGGAUGGUGAGUUGCCAGUGUUUUCGUCCAGCAACAACGAUACCCGAUCGAAUGGUUCGGAUUCUUCUGACAUACGCAAUCCGGUAAUGGUGGAACGCUACCCUGGGCAACUUCCCGGACCGUCGAGUCCAAACAAAUCACCUUUCAAACCACGUGAGGACGUCGUGCUGAAGGGUCCGAUGUCAGCGAACAGAUCACCGUUGUUGGACGUCACGCCGGACGGUAAACAGUCACGGGAGGCUGAGUCGUCUAAACUUCAAAACGAUCGCAACUAUGAGCAGGUGAAUAAAGAAAUCAACGAGCCGAACGCUCCAAACCUAUCCAUGCUGGGCCUGGCAGAUAGCGUGAAGGAAAACAAUGGUGCUCCUGAAGGACAACAGAAAGACAUUCCGGCCAUAUCUUUCUUGCUGGGAUCGGGAAUCGAUUCAAACAGCGCAAACAAUACACAGGGCAAUAUUCCAAUGUGGUCUGCGCUUGUUUCGGAUACUAGUUCGUCCAGUACGCUGGAAAGCGGGAGAAGCUCUUCGGCAAUAAUACCCCCAAGUGGUGAUUCCGUAAGUGACUUGAUCAAGUUCCCAUCAUCCGCUUUGAUCAUUGCCGAAUAUCCUUACGAGCUGCUGCGUAACGUCACCGACGAUUUUAACUCGGCACAAUUCACCAAUGGAAGCCUGCUUGCACCGGACGGUCGUUCAAUUGGUGCCGGAGGUUUUGGCGCAGUAUUUUUGGCGCUCAAUCUCACACCAUCCAUUCCCGUGGCAGCAGUAAAACGCCUCGAUCCGGACAAGUACAAGUUUCGGGAAAAAUUCGAUCUAGAACUGGCCAUACUUUCGAAACAUUCGCAUGCGAAUGUGGUCCGCCUGUUAGGUUCCAGUUCGGACGGGCCUCAGCUGUGUUUGGUCUACGAGUACCUGAAGGAUGGCAAUUUAGAGACGGCUCUAUCGUCAGUACGUACCGGCCAGCGACAGAUGGUGGCCGCAGUGCGUCUAAAGUACCUGCAAGCUAUCGCCAACGGAAUUACAUUCCUGCACGAAACAGCCAAAAUCAUUCACCGUGAUGUGAAAUCGGCCAACAUUCUGCUGGACGGUUCUGUUGCAAAGCUGUGCGAUUUCGGGCUGAUCAAGCGUACCAGUUCGCGCACGACGACCAGCAUCAUUGGCACGAACGCGUACAUGGCACCGGAGGCGGUGCGUGGCGAUGUAUCACCGGCGCUGGACAUUUUUGCAUUCGGUAUCGUGAUUGCUGAAACCGUCACCGGCGAACCGGUGCUGGCGGAGAAGGAAUCUCGCAGUGAAAUCGAUCUGGCCGGUUACAUAUGCCGCCAGAGAGCGGAAGGGCGAGAUUUGGGCUCGCUCGUUGAUGGGCGUGCCGCGGGUGGCAACAAUCAGGACCAAUGGUAUGCAGCCGGAAGAACACUGUUGGAGAUUGCGAUAAAGUGCAUGGGCGAAAAGUGGAGCCGACCGACCAGUGGUUCGCUAGCGGUUGCGAUAGCUAGCGUACGGUUAGUGCCUUCAUAA